UGCUUCGUCAACGGCAUAAGGGCGGGGACAGUACUCGGUGAAGGACAAGGAGGACACACAGGUCGACUCUGAAGUCCGACCCAUGAAGGAUGAGACAUUCGGGGAGUACAGAUCCCUGGAGAGUGACAACGAGGAGAAGCCGUUCGGCAGCAGCCAGCCCUCACUCAAUGGGGCACUCCCGGCGCUGGGCAGCGAGGACAGCCUGGCUGACUACGGCGGCAGUGUGGACGUGCAGUUCAACGAGGACGGGUCCUUCAUCGGCCAGUACAGCGGCCACAUGGGCAAGGAACCGGCUGGCAACAACAGCUCGGGGGCCACCAGCCCCACCACCGCCGCGGCUGCCCUGGAGUAGGGGGGCCGCAUCCUCCCCCUGCUGGCUGAGGCCCCUGGGGAAUAG